AUGGGGUUUGUUAGAUUCUAUCAAAACCCAACAACCCCAACAACAAAAAAAGUCAUGGAAUUUGGUUUAAGCAAUACCUCACUAAUCUCCUGUUAAAGACCUAUUAAGGGACAAAAACCAAGUUUGAAUCAAAAUUAACAGAGAUUCCAGAAAGAGACAAAGUGUGCUGUCUCUGUUGUCUUUUUGACAUGGGUCUUUCUCAUCUUCUUCUGUAGUGGAGGAAGAGGCCCAAAGGUGGCUCUUUUUCGGAGAGAGAGAGCUGCAUGGGUCUUUCUCAUCUUUUCUUGUAGGAGUAGUGUCCCAAAUCUUGCUCUUUUAGAGAGAGAGAGGAGAGAGGAGAGAGAGAGGUCUAUUGAUUUGGAGAUCCAUACCUCACUUGGUGGGAGCCAGUCUGUUAUUGGCUCUGAAGUCUGGAAAAGUCCGAGUCUUAUGGGCCAAAGUUUUUGUUUUGAGACUUAAACCAUUUGAGGUUCCAGACCCAAUAUCUGAGUUCUGGGUUUUCUAUAUUCUUAGCUGAAAUUCAGCUGGUUUUCCCAGUUUUAUCAAUGUUUGUUAAUGUUGGUAAGCUGAGAUUUAUAAUGGGGCUCUGGUUUUUUCUCUUUCUUGUAAAUUCUGUUCCUCUAAGAUUAGCGCAUGAACUUGUAGAAACGGGAAUUACAGUUAAGGGAGAUUCGGUUAUUGCUAAAAAUGGCGAUAAUUUCAUCUGUGCAACUCUGGAUUGGUGGCCGGAAACUAAAUGUAACUAUGAUCAAUGUCCUUGGGGACAAGCCUCUGUUCUGAAUCUGGACCUGAAUAAUUCUCUUCUUGCCAAGGCCAUCAAAGCUUUUAAUCCUCUGAGGAUUAGGAUUGGAGGGUCUUUGCAAGAUCAAGUUCUGUAUGAUGUGGGAGAUUUGAAAUCUCCAUGCCUCCCAUUUGAAAGGAAGUCAGAUGGCUUGUUUGGUUUCUCUAGUGGUUGUCUGUCCAUGGAUAGAUGGGAUGAACUCAACGAAUUCUUAAGUAGGACUGGAGCAAUUAUAACUUUUGGCCUGAAUGCGCUCUAUGGAAGGCAUCAUAGUUCAACGAAUGUGUGGUAUGGCCCUUGGGACUCCUCGAAUGCUCGUGAUCUCAUGAAAUACACCAUUGCCAAAGGCUACCAAGUCGACUCUUGGGAAUUCGGAAAUGAGUUGAGUGGACCUGGUGUUUCUGCGCGCGUGAGUGCAAAGCAGUAUGGACAAGACUUGAUCAACCUCAAAGCUCUAAUCGAUCAAUUAUAUGAGAAUUCAUCGUCUAGACCAUUAGUAAUAGCACCAGGAGGUUUCUUCUAUCCUAAUUGGUUUACAGAACUUCUCCAUACGUCAGGUCCAGGAGUCCUGAAUGUCAUUACUCACCAUAUAUAUAAUCUCGGUCCAGGUAGCGACCCCAAUCUAGUGAACAAGAUAUUGAAUCCAGCACACCUGAGCCAAAUAUCUCAGACAUUUAGAGAUGUUUGGCUCACUAUAAAAAACUCUGGCCCUUGGGCAACACCUUGGGUUGGUGAAGCAGGCGGUGCUUACAACAGUGGUGGUCGAGAUGUCUCUGACACCUUUGUGAACAGUUUCUGGUACUUAGAUCAGCUAGGAAUGUCAUCUAUAUACCAUACAAAGGCUUACUGCAGGCAAAGUUUGAUUGGUGGAAACUAUGGUCUCCUAGACAGACCAACUUUUGAACCGAAUCCUGACUACUAUAGCGCAUUGUUGUGGCAUCGACUGAUGGGAAAAGGAGUGCUCGCUGCUAAAUUUGAUGGUUCACCGUACUUACGAACAUAUGCCCACUGUUCUAAAUCGACAAUGGGGGUUACACUUCUCUUGAUCAAUAUGAGCAAUUCUACAAGAUUCAAUAUCAUGGUAGAGAAUGAAGUGAACGAUGAUAUAAGAUUGGAAGUCAAGACAGAUAAAGGAGAUCGAUCUUUUGUGGAUAGAGUCAAGAAAAGCUUUUCAUGGAUCGGGAAGAGAGCUUCAGAUGAGCAACUACAUAGGCAAGAGUACCAUUUAACACCAAAAGAUGGGUACCUUAAAAGCAGAACUAUGCUUCUUAAUGGGAAUCCUUUGGAGCUCACAGACUAUGGAGACAUACCCAACUUGGAUCGUGUUCUUGUUGAUGCGGAGUUACCAAUUUCUAUUGCUCCUUUAUCUAUUGCCUUUGUCAACAUGCCACAUUUUGAGGCAGAAGCUUGUUCUGAUCACUAAUCAGUCCAGUGUUCCCAUAAACUUGGAAACAACCUACUCUCUCCCUUCCCCACCCCCCAAAGGAAAAAAAGCAUACGACUGCUUUGGAGAUUUAUGAUAAGUAAUGCCCAAUUGUAUAAUCAAUGUAUUCGGGUUGAAGUAUCAAAUUGAUUUUGAGUGCAUUAUACAAUGUAAUUCCACGUUCAAAUUUAUAGCCAGUAUCUCUCUCUCUCUCUCUCGCCGAAACUUAGGAUGGCUUGAGAGACGUACUAAGGUUGUUAGCAAUAAUGCAGCUUGAAUCGGCAAUGUAUUUAUGCAAUCUUUGUGAAUCGGCAAUUUAUUUAUGCAAUCUUUUUUUGGGGCUA